CGCCACCAGGAACAAAACGUCUGCAGGCACUGUGGUUGUACACAGGAAGCUGCAACAUGUGGGCAACGGGAAGGUUGCGGCGUGAAAGACUGUGACGUGCGACAGCGGAAGGCAUAAGAGACCGUCGCGACCAGCGAUCAUGCGAAGUCUGGCUGGGAGACGGGCGAGAUCCGCGAGUCCCAGACCGGAGCCAGAAGAGCAGCCAUGGAACUGACGGCGAAGGUGGCGACGCUGCUGCUGGUGCUGCUGACCGCACAGGCGGCCACCCACGCUACACCGAACCACCUCAGGAGAGGGUCGCCGUGCCGCACGCGCAGCGGCGAGUCGGGCGUGUGCCAGCCGCUGCACCGCUGCCGGCACGUGCUGUGGAAGCAGCCCACGGCCUGCUCGCGGCACUCCGUCUGCUGCCCCGGCGCCGCCGCGCCCCCCACCGCCGCCUCCUCCGCCUCCACCGCCGCCUCCUCCGCCUCCACCGCCGCGUCCUCCGCCGCCUACAGUGCACCGACGCCUCGUACCACAGCUGCAACCGCUACCACGCAGAGGGACACCAGUGCGACCACACAACGAGCAGGCUUGUCCAAAAGUCAACAGAAGUGCGAGGAGUGGGGGAAAGCCGUGUACCGGCUGGAAGACAGCCCCGUGCUGGUGGAAGGCGCGCCCAAACUCAACCGUUCGCUGUGCGGCGGCGAGGGCGCCCCCUAUAUCAUCGGCGGCGUGCCCGCGGAGCCCAAGGAGUUCCCUCACAUGGCGGCGGUGGGCUUCGGCCCCGAGAGCAGCGUGCAGUUCCUGUGCGGCGGCAGCCUCAUCAGCGAGCGCUGGGUGCUGACGGCGGCGCACUGCCUCGACGACUACACCAACAGCGGCGUGGGCCCGCCACGCUGGGUGCGCCUGGGCGACCUCGACCCGGAGGGUAGCGGCGAUCACCUGACGGCGCAGGACUUCCGCGUGGAGCGGCGCGUCUGGCACCCCGACUACCGCUACCCGCUCAAGGACAACGACGUGGGGCUGCUGCGGCUCGACUCCGACGCAGAGUUCAACGAGUUCGUGCGGCCCGCCUGCCUGGGCACGCAGCUGCAGCCGCGGGACCCCAGGGCCAUCGUCACCGGCUGGGGCAAGACGGAGAGGGCGGGCUACAGCCAGUCGCUGCUCAAGGUGGAGCUGCCACUGACGGCGCAGGCGCAGUGCGUGUCCAUCUUCCAGGAGCUGCUGGAGCGCUCGGCCGGCUACCGCAGGGUGCUGCCCAACGGCGUGCUGGACUCCAUGCUGUGCGCGGGAGAGCCCCAGGGCGGCAAGGACAGCUGUCAGGGAGACUCCGGCGGGCCGCUGCAGGUGCGCAACACGCAGCCCUACUGCACCUACUCCAUCCUGGGCAUCGUCUCGUUCGGCAAGGGCUGCGCGGAGCCCGGCUACCCCGCCGUGUACACGCGCGUCGCCAGCUUCGUGCCCUGGAUAGAAUCCGUCGUCUGGCCGUGACGUGACGCCGCGCCGGUCAGCCACCGCUAGAGUGCACGCGUCGCUCCAGCGCCGAUGGGCGGCGGACUGCGCGACGCGUCGAUGGCCGUGUGAUUUCUGCUGCGACGAUACCUCACCGUGUAUCGCUGUUAAUCGAAUUAAAGCUGUAUUUUUUGCAGUUGCUCCAACAUAUACAAUAGUAAACAUUCCGGGACUGCGACAGUCUCUGACAUUACAGACUUGGACAAAUUAUUUUCUACAGUAUAUGGCUUGUGUAUGUAAUUCUGGUAGCGCCUUUUGAUGUGUUGUCAUUGUAAUAUAUGCUCAUGACAAUUUCA